GUGGGAUAGUUGACGCUCGUGUGCCCUAGAAGAGACUCUCUUCUGCAAUCAAGAACGGGUAGUCCACAGGAGGACACUGUAGGAAUCGAGAAGUGAGGUUUGUGAAUUGAUUCAUGGGGAAGAAGAACAGUGAAAGUAAACAACUGCCACACAAGGAAAAACCACAGGAAGAAGAGAUCGAAGGUAAAUUCCUGCUAGGCAAACCCAAAUUCAAAAGGCUCGAAAACGGCAGGUACAAAUGCGUGGAAACCGGCCACGAAUUGCCGGCUGAUGCCAGGGAGUCCUACGCACUUACCAAGCACUGCCGUCUCGGGCUCAUCGAUUCCGCCUUGGCGCGUAAUAAGCCUCCUCUCAAUAUGUUCAACCAAGACCCUCUUUGCCGUUCUAAGCUAAUUUGCAAGCUAACAGGGCAUACUGUGAAUAAAAUUGAGGAACAUAUAUGGAAGCAUAUCAAUGGGAAACGUUUCCUCAACAUGUUAGAAAAAGAGGAAGCUGAAGCUGGUAAAGAAGCAUCAAACGAUAUGGUGGAAGAUGAAAACAAGCAGAAACCAGAAAAGGCUUCAGAUAGCAAAGAGGAUGGUUUGAAGAAGAAAAAGAAAAAGAAGAAGAAGAAGAAGAAGAAAAUGGAGGAGGAGGAUGUUAGUAAGAUCAUCUCUGAAGUGAGGGAUCCAGAAGAAAAAGAUAGUGAAUCAGAGGAAAUGGAGUUCUGGAUGCCUCCAGUAGGAGACCGUUGGGACUUUGAUGAUGGAAAAGAUCGAUGGGCUUCUGGUUCAGAAUCAGAAAAUGAUCCAGAAAGUGAUGAUGCAAACGAAGCAGUUGAACAUGUUUCAGAUGCUAAAGAGAGCAAUGAGACACAUGAGCUUUCUAAUAGGACAAAGAGAAUGUCAAUUGAAAUUGGAGCAAGUGAUUUUGCUUCAAGUAAGAAGAAGAAAAAGAUCCAAUCCACAUGAUGAUUUAGCCCCAUGGUAAUUGGUAUGAGCUAAUCUUGAAGUUGCAGUUUUGUGUUGUUUGUUUGUGUUUUUGAACUCUUAAUUAUUGUUUUCCUUAAUGAAUUUGUUUGUAAGCAUUUGGUCAAUAUAUUCCAUGAGGAAAUGCACAAGUUUUUGGCA